CCGGCGGAAGCAAAGAUGCAGACGCAUGAGAUCGUCACCCCCCCGACACCGAGGAUGCGGGUCCUGAGCCCACCCACCCUCUUCCUGCUGCUCUCGGGGGCGCUGGUCCUGACCCCCAGCUGGGCCGGCCCCCACUCCCUGAUGUAUUUCUUCACCAUCGUGUCCUGGCCCGGCCGCGGGGAGCCCCGCUUCCUUUCCGUCGGCUACGUGGACGACACGCAGUUCGUGCGGUUCGACAGCGACGCGGCGAGUCCGAGGAUGGAGCCGCGGGCGCCGUGGAUGCAGCAGCCGUGGGUGGAGCGGGAGAGGCCGGGGUAUUGGGAGGGGCAGACGCAGAUCAACAAGGAAACCGCACAGACUUUCCGAGGGAACCUGGAGAUCCUGCGCGGCUACUACAACCAGAGCGAGGACGGGCCUCACACCCUCCAGAGGAUGUCGGGCUGCGACGUGGGCCCCGAGGGGCGCCUGCUCCGCGGGUACGAGCAAUACGCCUACGACGGCGCCGACUACAUCGCCCUGAACGAGGACCUGACCUCCUGGACUGCGGCCGACACGGCGGCUCAGAUCACCCGGCGCAAGUGGGAGGCGGCCGGUGCGGCAGAGAAAAAGAGGAGCUACCUGGAGGGCCUGUGUGUGGAGUCGCUGCUCCUGUACCUGGACAAAGGGAAGGAGACCCUGCAGCGCGCAGACCCUCCCAAGGCUCACGUGACCCGCCACCCCGUCUCCGCCCGUGAGGUCACCCUGAGGUGCUGGGCGCUGGGCUUCUACCCUGCGGACAUCAGCCUGACCUGGCAGCGUGACGGGGAGGACCAGACCCAGGACAUGGAGCUGGUGGAGACCAGGCCUGCGGGGGACGGCACCUUCCAGAAGUGGGUGGCCGUGGGGGUGCCCCCUGGAGAGGAGCAGAGAUACACGUGCCACGUGCAGCACGAGGGGCUGCCCGAGCCCCUGACCCUGAGAUGGGAGCCGCCUUCUCAGACCUCCAUCAUCAUCAUCAUCACGGGCAUCGCUGUGGUCCUGGUUCUGCUGGGAGCUGUGGCCGGAAUUGUGAUGUGGAGGUGGAGGCGCUCAGGUGGAAAUGGAGGGAGCUGCGCUCAGGCUGCCAGCAGUGGCGGCGCCCAGGGCUCUGACGUGCCUCUCUCGGCUCUAUAGAGCGUGAGGCGGCUGCCUUGUGGGGAUCGGGUGAUGGGAGAUGUGUCCACGCUCCCACUUCCUGACUCAAGAACCUGUGAUUGGGGGGCUGGCCCCGCCCUGCUCCCCACACUCUCCUGCCAGCAGAGGCGGGGCUGGGCCCUCCCUCCUGCCUUUACUCCCUGGUGCUCUGAGGUGCA